AUGGCAGAUAAAUCCGAGAUAAAUCAAGUACAAGUGACUAGUGAAAAGAAGAAGGACCCACGUAGAGUAGAAGCAGGGAAACGACUAGCUGCCAUCAGUAAGAUAGCAAAAGAUAGGAAGAAGAAAAAGUUGGAAGACCAGGAGUUCACCACAAGUAACAGCACACUUGUAAUAGCUGGAUUAAUAGUUGCAGUAAUAACCCUAUUCAUCACCUACAAGAUGAACCGGAGAGAAGAAAAAGCAUUGGAACCAAAGAUAGAACCAGACACUGUAACAAUUGAAAGACGUCAUGACACUUCCAAUGUUGACUCACUGGAGUAA